AUGCUGCGGAAGUCGAGCACUCAGCGCCGGCAGCCGCCGCUCUGGCGGCGCUGCCGCAGCCUCCGGCAAAUCAAGCAGGUCCACGCCCUCCUGGUCCUCCGGGGCUUCCUCUCGGACCCCUCCGCGCUCCGUGAGCUCAUCUUCGCGUCCGCCGUCGCUGUGCGCGGCGCCAUCGCCCACGCCUACCUCGUGUUCGACCAAAUCCCUCACCCGGACCUCUUCAUGUACAACACCCUCAUACGCGGCGCCGCGCACACUGCCGCGCCCCGAGACGCUGUCUCCCUCUUCGCGCGUAUGAACCGGCGCGGCGGCGACGGCGUGAGGCCAGACAAGAUCACGUUCCCCUUCGUGCUCCGGGCGUGCACUGCCAUGGGCGCCGGUGGCACCGGGGCGCAGUUGCACGCCCACGUUGUGAAGGUUGGAUGCCAGUCCGACGCGUUCGUCAAGAACGCGCUCAUCGGCAUGCACGCCAGUUGUGGAGAGCUGGAAAUUGCGGGUGCUCUGUUUGACCGCAGGGCGCGCGAGGAUGCCGUGGCCUGGUCGGCGAUGAUUACCGGCUGUGCUAGGAGAGGGAACAUCAGUGCUGCCCGGGAGCUGUUCGAAGAGUGUUCUGUGAAGGACCUUGUGUCUUGGAACGUGAUGAUUACCGCCUAUGCAAAGCGGGGGGAGAUGGCACAAGCAAGGGAGCUGUUCGACCGGGUACCUGACCGUGAUGUCGUGUCCUGGAACGCCAUGAUUUCUGGGUAUGUGGGCUGUGGCUCGCACAUGAAUGCCAUGGAACUGUUUGAGCAGAUGCAAAGUAUGGGCGAAAAGCCUGAUGUCGUCACAAUGCUCAGCCUGCUGUCAGCUUGUGCCAACUCAGGUGAUCUAGAUGUUGGCCGAAGGUUGCAUUCCUCUCUUUCAGAGAAGUUUUCCAGAACUGGUUUUACUGUCGUCCUGGGAAAUGCGCUGAUUGACAUGUACGCAAAAUGCGGAAGCAUGAAGAGUGCACUGGAGGUGUUCUGGGUGAUGCGAGAUAAGGAUGUCUCAACUUGGAAUUCGAUCAUAGGAGGAUUGGCACUGCAUGGCCAUGUCCCUGAGUCCAUAGAUCUAUUCAAGAAAAUGUUGAAACAGAAAGUCAGGCCUGAUGAGAUCACCUUUGUCGCUGUCCUUAUAGCAUGCAGCCACGGUGGGAUGGUUGACAGGGGACGUGAGUACUUCAACUUGAUGCAACAGCAGUACAGGAUUGAGCCUAAUGUCAAGCACUACGGUUGCAUGGUUGACAUGCUGGGUCGCGCGGGGCUUCUCAAAGAAGCAUUUGAGUUCAUUGACACCAUGAAGGUUGAGCCUAAUUCUGUCAUCUGGAGGACUAUUCUUGGGGCUUGUAGGGUUCAUGGUGAGAUCGAACUGGCUGAGCACGCAAACAGACAAUUGCUAAAGGCAAGGAGUGAUGACAGUGGGGACUAUGUGCUCCUCUCGAACAUCUAUGCUUCAGCCGGGGAAUGGCUAGAGUCGGAGAAGAUGAGGAAGUUAAUGGAUGACAGCGGUGUCAACAAGGAGGCUGGCCGCACGGUUGUAGAUGGCAGCGCCAAGGAUGCAAUGCAGUCCUUCCGAUAGUUGGAAUCACAUCGCUGACUGAAAGGAUUUUUAGCUCGCAGCUUCUGUGUCAGAAACUGAGCAUCGAGCACUGAUAAAGUUUGAGAUGUGGAUGCAUCUGCAGGUGACAGGAAAGAUGCUAACUUGAAUGUUAUUGUCAUGCUAAAUUAGCAAAUUGGCUAGAGUCUUCCAAGACGUUACUGAAGGUUGCCUUUGCUGAUAUGCAGCUGAAAAGGCUAGCUGAAACAACUAUCAGUUCAAUGCAAAACAAUGUUGGACAGUGACUUCUAAGUGGAUGCUGUACUUAAUUUUCACCGGAGUGGUGUUAACACUCCGAAAAACAAUUACUCAUGACAUCCUGAGCAAUACAAAGGAUAGAGCUGCCAUAGAUCCCUGCACUGGGUUGUGGACAAUUGGUGAUUGUGCAAGGAACGAUUAAUUCUUCAGCGAGCUGAAGCAAAUUCGAGCAAGGGUCAUGCAUGCAUUAUCCAUCUGCUCAGUUGAGAGAAACAACUGCGAUGGGCUGAAGUAAAUUGCAAAUAAUCUUUUUUGCAGUAGUUAUUCUUGAGCAAUUUUGC